AUGUCCGACCUCGGAAAGAAAGACGCUAAUGUACCUCUGUCAAAUUGCUGUGCUAGAAGCGGUGAGCAAUCAUCCAAGGAUUCGGGAAUCAAGGGCACCACGCCAGCCACCUCAUUUCUGCCUGACACGUCCAGUUCUUCGCCAACCAAGGUAAGCACCCUGACCUUGAGUGGCCCUGCUAUGACCGACAAGGUUAUUGCUGCACUGCCAACAAAGGGACCGCCUGCUCGGGAGCAAGAGGUGCCAAGCGUAGAACUUGUGCCCAUAUAG